AGAGAGAGCACAACUCAGCUAACGGUCGGCGGAGCGGGGCUCUUCAGCUGUUAAUCGUGUGCUCGAGCGAUCAACCGGCCUUUUAGCCUAUACAACUAUUUAUUUCCGACUUCAGCUACAGUGAUAGCUAAGUUUGGGAAGGAGGAAAAGGGAGAAACGCCGUGUCUUUUUGUCUUAUUGUCGCUGACAGUGAGACCCAACUGUAACCGCGGUCCACCACAAAUCACAAAGAGAAGACAGCGUAAACAGACAUAUUCACUCGGUCAUUUCUGCCAUUCACACAGCUUUACCAUGGAUAACUCUGGACCCAAUAAGACAUGCUGUGUGUCUGUCCGGGACUUCUUCACUUCAGCCAAAUUUCUUAUCUACAUGGGACAUGCCCUGUCUACAUGGGGGGACCGAAUGUGGAACUUUGCCGUGGCGGUGUUCCUGGUGGAGCUGUACGGGAACAGCCUGCUGCUCACGGCCGUGUACGGGUUGGUGGUGGCCGGCUCCGUGCUGCUGCUGGGGGCCAUCAUUGGGGACUGGGUUGACAAAAAUCCCAGACUUAAAGUGGCCCAGACUUCGCUGCUCAUCCAGAACAGUUGCGUUAUCGUGUGUGGGAUCCUUCUCAUGGUUGUUUUCCAGUUCAAAGAACAGCUUGUGGAGCUUUACAAUGGAUGGAUUCUGACCACAUGCUACAUUCUGGUGAUCAGCGUCGCCAACAUUGCAAACCUAGCCAGCACGGCCACGGCCAUCACCAUCCAGAGGGACUGGGUGGUGGUGGUGGCGGGGCAGGACAGCAGCACGCUGGCAGACAUGAAUGCCACCGUACGGAUUAUCGACCAGCUGACCAACAUCCUGGCCCCCAUGCUGGUGGGUCAGAUUAUGGCCUUCGGCUCUCCUUUCAUUGGCUGCGGCUUCAUCGCAGGCUGGAACCUGUGCUCCAUGUGUGUGGAGUACGCGCUGCUGUGGACGGUCUACCAGAAGACGCCGGCAUUGUCCAUGAAGAGCGGACAGAAAGAGCAGCAGCAGGAGCUCAAACAGCUCAGCCCCCCCAAAGAACUGGAGAAUGGCCAGAGUCCGGAGGAGUCCUCCCAGCCGCUGAUGAUUGAAGCCUCCAUGGUGAAGCCCGGGGCCCCAAAGCAGCACAGCUGCUGCUACCAGGUGAGCGAGCCGCUGCGCACCCUGAGGGCCGGCUGGGUGGCCUACUACAACCAGAACAUCUUCUUCGCCGGCAUGUCCUUGUCCUUCCUCUACAUGACGGUGCUGGGCUUCGACUGCAUCACCACGGGCUACGCCUACACGCAGGGCCUCAACGGCUCCGUGCUCAGCCUGCUGAUGGGGGCCUCGGCUGUAGCGGGCAUCUGCGGCACCGUCGCCUUCACCUGGGUCCGCAAGAAGUGCGGCCUUAUCCGCACAGGCUUCAUCUCCGGCACGGCCCAGCUGUCCUGCCUCAUACUGUGUGUGGUCUCCGUCUUUGCUCCCGGGAGCCCCCUCGACCUCAGCGUUUCGCCUUUUCAGGACAUAUACUCCCACCUGAUGGGGGAGACGGUGCUGCCUGAGGCCGAGCACUCCCUUACCAGCCUCCUCACCGCAGUCAACGCCACCACUGCUGCCCCCGCUGAAGAGCUGCCCCCCCUGCAGUCCUACAUGUCUGUCAGCCUUCUGUUUGCUGGAGUCAUCGCUGCUAGAAUUGGCCUGUGGUCUUUUGACCUGACAGUGACCCAGCUCAUCCAGGAGAAUGUGAUGGAGUCGGAGCGCGGCGUGAUCAACGGCGUCCAGAACUCCAUGAAUUACCUCUUAGACCUGCUGCACUUCAUCAUGGUGAUUCUGGCCCCCAACCCAGAGGCUUUCGGCCUGCUCGUCAUCAUCUCUGUGUCCUUCGUGGCCAUGGGUCACGUCAUGUACUUUGGAUUUGCCUUCAAGAGCCUGGGCAGCCGUCUCUUCCUCUGCUGCUCCCCAGAGCAGAAGGUGGAGGAGGUGGAGAGCCCCUCCCUUCCCACCACCGUCUAACCCCACUGAAGACACUCUGUCCUGGGUACAUAUCUCUCAAACCUAAUCGUACCCCUGCCGCAUCGUACCAAACUAACAUCUUAGCUUGGAGCUAGCACAAUGCUAACCAUAGAAAGGUAACUUAACAUGCUAUGCAUACUGUGGCCAUUAAUCAUUAGUAGAAGGAGGUGAGUAGAUUAUGUGGGGGUCCCUGCUCUUGGAUACACACAUGUACUGUCAAACAGGGAUCCAUCACUUCUAGGCUCGCGACCCAAAUGUGGGUGCUGUUAAAGAAAUCAGAGGACUGUAAAACAGUGUCCCCUGACAGCCUGCAUCUACCUUCACAGGUGCUAACUGCUGGAAUGCAGAAGGAAGGAGUGUUGCAGGGAAGAGCUUUCACUAAUGCCAUCAUGCACUUUGCCUCUCAGAUUAAAGGGGGGCUCUGUAUCUGUAUGAGACCCCAAAGGGGAGAAGACCCCCCCCCCCUUGUUGUCUGACACUUUGCUUCUCAGUGACUUCAUUGGUGCUGUAGCUGUGUCUUUGAUAGCCUAGCUUCCAUGUUUCUUGUAUGAUGAGCAGGCUGUGGAUCUUGUCUCUUUAAUACUUUGGUAUAAGGGUUAUGCAGUUAGCUGUAUUUAUUCAGGACAUGCAGAUGGUGUUUUUUUAUAAUUAUCGUGUCAUCAGUAUUUUGUUGUGCCAUAAGUAAUAAUAAUAAUCCUAUGCAUCCUUGUCAACAGCUCUCUCAGUUACCAAAGUCAAAGUCCAUAUGUGGCAUAGAAGGAAGUGAGGGAAAGCAGCAUUCCAUACACAUACUUUACUUCAGGUGAGAGUAGUGGUGUAGCCUCAUGAAUGCUUUCAUACACCCUAGAUAUGUCUAACCUGCUCUGAGAUUGUAAUUACAUUUCAGAUAGUUUACAUUAAUAGUGCCAUAAUUGUUAUUUUCUCUUGAGUAAUUUUUCAAUCGUGAUUGUUGUUACACAGGCACUUUAAGUGAUUGACAUCUGUCAUUACACCGAGCGCGUGAUCAGGCAUUUGAUCAAUAUUUUUGCACAAGGCUGAAGUCCUGACCCCAUUAACCCCCGCACAAUCUUUUUUGAAUCACUUAUGUCUCUGUCAGUUUGCUCAGGCGCCGUGCAGGGACUAUGGUCAAAAUAAUGGCACAUUGAAAGCGUUUUGAGGAAAUACUGCAGAGUUGACCUCAGACACCCCCACACAGUCAGCCAACGCUCAGCCGCGGGACCUGCAGCCGUAUCGCUGCCAGCUUCAUGUUUGAGUUCUGACAGUUAACAGUUGACUCGAACAUUCAUUUCAGUAGUUCUUCUCAAAGUUUGUGGCUUUUUGCAUACUUCUUCUCUUGUGAGGUGAUUUUGUAAAAGAACAACCAAAAAUCUGAAAUCUCAGACAUUUGGAAAGUAGCUUUCAAGAGAGAUUACUGUUAUUAGCGUUUACUCAACAGUUGGCCACAGUAGAUACCUAUGACAAAUACAGGAUAAUGAUAAUACAGUCAUAAUGACAGCAAUAUCGAGCUGAGCUUUUCCAACAUUAGCUAACAUUAGCCGAGUAAGGCUUUAGCUGCAAAACCCCUGCAAGCACUGUACUGCUUUUGAAUUCAACUUUUCUUUAAUAAGUGAAUUGUCCUGAGCUCACUUGAUGUUAACUAAUGUAGCUGACACUAGUUCCUCUCCACCUCUGAUUCCCGCUGCCUUAUUGUAAAUUAGCCUUGACAGCUGUUAAACGCACACGAGUGGCUUCUUCCAGACCAGCCGCACCCUACCAGUGAAAAAUCUAGGCAGGAUUUGGGUAAUGAUGUGGAGAAAUAUUGGUGUUGGAACCAGAGGCAGCGAGCAGGAGAACAGAAGGCCUCUUCAGCUGCAGAUGCUGAGUCAGGGCGUCUGCAGGUGCAUGGAACCCAGCUCUAUAAAAACAGCUCUUGCUUCGCCUGAUUCAGGAAUAUCUCACAUUGCCAUUGCUCUCAAGUUUUUAUGUAAAUAGCUAUAUUGGUCAGUCAAGAU